AUGUACUGUUUCCUAUCCAUCGCUUUUGACCAUGAGGGACCCAACCACCUUCCACCUGAUAUUUUCAGUGCAAAGAAGGAAUACACUGUUGAACAUGGGAACGAUCGAGACAGUGAAAUAUGUUUGACUAAAAAGGCAAAUGAGUCAACUGCAACUGGUAGGCAUAGGAAUUGGACACUUUUUGCUGUGGUCUCCAAAGAACUGGAAGGUAACUUAUCCAACAUGCUAUUGUUUUCAUUUGAGCCAAAGAAGGAAGAUACUUUGGCUUCUGAGCUUCAGACCCACACAAUGCUAUACUUGAUGGCCAAUCAAAGAUUGAGCAUCACCAAGGAAGAAUGGACUAAAAAGAAAGUUGAACAGCUUGCAUCAACUCUAGCAACUUCAGCAACAGCAGCAGCACUUCCAAUUAUGGAAAGACCAGGACAACCAUAA